ACAAAGUUUGCUGUUAAUUCAAAAUGGCGGUGUCUACCUCACAUUUGACCUAUUGGCUGCUUAUGCUAUUCUUUUCGUAUGCUCGGACACAACGAGUAUGUCCUGGUUUUGGAAGAGAAGAACUUAGAGGGCAUGACCAAGUGGAUGAAUUGAAUAUCGAUAUGUUCAAAAACUGCAGUAUUAUUGAUGGAAAUGUUGUUAUUACAGAAGCUACAUUUCAAGGAAAUCAGUUCUUUGGCCUAGUAGGAAUUGACGCAUUUCAGCUGAAUGUAUUCAGUACUGUUAGAAUAAUAACGGGCUAUCUAAUGGUACUUGCAUCCGACACAGGUCAGCGCGACCUAUCAGUUUUCAGUAAUUUAGAAUAUAUUUAUGGCGAAGAGCUCGAAAGUGGAUAUUCACUGAUUAUAACAGGAACCAACUUGGUAUCAUUGGGUUUGAAAUCGAUGUCAAGUAUUAUCAGGGGGAACGUGUACAUAAGGCGGAACCCUUUCCUGUGUUAUUUGGAACCUAUAUUGGGCAUACUACCGGAAACGGUACAGCGGAAUCAGGGCGCCCUCAUUGCCUAUAACAGACCGCCAGAUAUUUGCAGAAAUGAGGGGCACGUAUGCAAUGAACAAUGCAGUAGUAUGGGAUGCUGGGGCCCAGGUGCGGAUGAGUGUGGAUCGUGUGCAAGCUACCGGUUAGACGACACGUGCAUUGAUAGCUGCAAUAGAAGCGACGGCUUAUAUAUCAAAUCAGAAGCAGAAAAAGAAUGUGGAAGAAUUGAAGAGGAAGCGGAAGGGGUGCCUGGUAUUUUAAGUGUUAACUGCAAUGGCGACAACUACGAGGUGUGCUUAGCCGAAUGUCACACGUCACUAGAAACGAAGGAAGCAGAGAACAUACAAUUGCAGGCUGAAGUUGAUCGUCUUACAAGUAAACUAAAUGAUAUGCAAGAACGUCUACGCAUUCUUUCUGAAGAGGAACACCAAGAAGACAACGACAAUCAAGAAUUAUUGUAACGAUAUUAGCAUUUAUUGUACAUACUUAUAAUCACACAAACAUGCAUUACAUUAUCUAUUAAUAAUCAUUAUAAUACAG